UAACGCCGCCCCUGCCUAGAUCCACCCUUUCAGGUGCACCAUUGAGAAAUUAGGUUGCAUUUGUGACCUAAGUGGUGGCGCUCUAGAGCUCUGCAGCAUGCCUCUGCAACAGAACUUUGUUUUCCAUGUGUGAAUUUGCAAAAGAAGACCAGAUGUGCUUCAUAAAACCAGUUUCAUCUCUUUGGGGCUGUGAGUUGGCACACACCCACAAACUGAACUAACAAAGCAACGUUGAUGAUCUACCACCAUCAACAAAUCUCCUGAAACAAGUACAGCACAUGCAAUUUCAAAUAUACCACCCAACAACUCUGGUAGGUUUCUAAUUUAUUGCUUGUGCCUGGGAACAAAGGAAGUGCAUGUCACGCGUGUUGAGACUAAGAGGAAGAUAGCUUUGUUUGCUUUGUUUCUUUUUUGCGGUCAAUUGCACCUACCUCUAGUGAGACUGAAAGUGCUCUGCAAAAGCCUCUGAAAGGAAGUGGAAGAGUAGGCGAGGUUUGGUUGCUGCAACAUUGCUUCUUAAUUAUGUUCUAAGAGACGUUAUUUUUUAAGUGUUUCUGAUGGAGAUGAGAAGGAUGACAGGAGAAGAACCUGAUGCUACAGAGUUUUUCUGUGGUUUUUGACCUCUUCACGCAGCUCAUUUUUAUGGACUGGACCAAACUGCAUCAGGUGGAUUUUACUUGAGAGUUUUGGGAUUGAGCUCUGGAAUCACACUUUUUUCCAAAAAUACAUCUAGAAGAAGAGAAACCAAGGCAUUGUCGGGCAAACAGAAACAUUUGGAUUACAAACUGGGACAAUGCCUGUGAUUGUGCUAGAGGCCCGGGACUUCACCAGUCCGCUCUUCACGGUGCGAACAUUGGAAGUUGUCUUCUGUUGCGCUACCUUCAGUCUCGUAGCUUCACAGGAUUCUCCAGAGCGUUCUCCUGAUCUGAACACGUUCUGGAUCCUCGGUAUGUUCACCUGGUGUUUCUUCUUCGUGGUGACUCUCUUCAUUCACAUUCUCAACGUCAUCCAGUUUCACAGCCUCAUCCCAAUAUCGUGGAAGAACCUAACGAUGACCGUAGCAGUGUUGGGAGCGCUAAUGACCUUCAGCUCCUCGGUGGUUUUUGCUUGGAGGGUCAUGGAUCAUAACAAAGUGUCACCACGCUCUGUGGCGGCUGCAGUCAUGUCCUGCCUUUCCGUUCUGGCUUAUGCUUCGGAGUCCCUUAUGCUUCGUACCCAAGCCCACGACCAACGAGGCUACAUGGGCAGCACUGCCGGUCUUCUAAAGAUCCUUCAACUGUGGGGAGGACUUCAGAUGAUUCCGCUGGUUGUGCUGGUCUCCAGACAACACAGUGUAAUAGAAGACUGGCAUCUGUGGGUGUUGAGCAUCUCAUGUGGUGUUUGUAUCCUCAUGUCUCUCAUCACCCUGGUGGUGAUUCUAGGGGACCUUGCUGGGCGAUGCAUCCUGCCUUUUGACAGAUUUUUGGCCUUCUUCAGUCUGGUUGGAGUUCUGCUCUACAUGAUGGCUACAGUGAUUUGUUUAACCAAGCUACUGCAGCUAAGCAUCCAAGACAAUUCUGUGUUAGUCAUCAUGGAAACGGUGGUUUCUAGCAUCACACUGUUGGCUUACACGGUGGAUCUCGCCUUCUCCAUCAAACUACUGUGUGACAGGAAUUACAUGUGAGGACGCGUGCUUUUUAACCCUCUAGAGGCAGGCGUUGCAGAUUUGAAACAGUUAAAACCUACCUACCUGGUUACUCCACACACAUAUUUCAUGAGCAUUUCUUAACUCAGAAGUACACCUGAAGGACUUAGUUGUCCGUCCUUUUAUCAAAACUUAUUUUGAGCCUGAGAGGGUUAAAGUCAAACUGAAUGACGGCUUUUGCUCCAAACAGUUUCCCGUAAUGUCCAACUGUCUUCUUAGACCAGCGGAGUAAUUUGUGGUGUUCUUCUAAAUGCUACGUUAAAUAUGACACACCUGCUAUACAGCCUGUUGGUUAGGUGACAGUUUUAAUUUUAUUGAGGCAAUAAUAUUUGUUCCCCUGUGGUGAUUCCUUUUCUCAUCCUGAACUUCAAACUUUCAACUAUGACUCUAGCAUAUAAAUCCCACAGAAAAAAGCAGAACUGAUGGGUUAAAUCCUGAAUGUUUUUUUUUUCCAUUAUUUACCUUUAUCUACGUUUACUUCAGUUUUGCUGCCAUUUGUCAACACUAGGGGGCAACAUUACAUCAAAGUGUUUUCCUACUCCAUAGCAGUGAUUUUAAAUGUAGGAUAAGAUGAAUGUUUCCUAUAUCAUGAAUAUAUUUGAAUUUAUAAUCUAAUAAAACAAGUUAAUUGUU